UUUUCAUUCCCUUUCAUUGAUGAAUCUGUUAUAAAGGUUGAACAGAAUGAAGUGCCUCUGUACAAAAUGGUGUUUCCUGCGAAUCUGGAAAAACCAUCAAUGGCUUUCAUUGGUUACAUCCAACCAAUUGGUGCUAUAAUGCCAGUCUCUGAGAUUCAGGCUCGCUGGGCAACAAGAGUCUUCCAAGGUCUUGCCAAGCUUCCAUCCAUGAAUGAAAUGAAGGAAGAGAUCAACAAGAGAAAGAAAGACUUGGAGAACAGGUAUGUCAAAAGUGAGCGUCACACCAUACAAGUGGAUUAUGUACUAUACAUGGAUGAAAUGGCAGUAGAGGUAGGCUGCAAGCCCAACGUUAAGCAUCUUUUCCUGUCAGAUCCCAAGCUUGCCUGGGAGAUAUUAUUUGGUCCAUGUACACCUUACCAGUAUCGCCUCCGUGUGGACCAGGGCAAUGGAAGGAUGCCAGAAAAGCCAUUCUAUCUCAGAAGGAUCGCGUCAUAAAGCCAACAAAGACUCGCAUCACAGAUACUGAAAUGACCCACAGUUCAUUUAAUAUGCUUGUUAAGCUUCUGGGCAUCUUGGUGAUCUUUGCUGCCAUAUAUGUCUUAAUGUAA